UGGAGAGUCGACUUCCUCCCGCGGUCAGGUUCCGAUCAAAACAAAUCUGGGAAACUACACGGAACGCCAUUUCUCGGGGUUUGCGCCGAGGAAGAGCGGGGAAUAAACUAUUUUCCAUCCAGAUCUUUAUAUUUUUAUUUUUAAUUAUUUUUUUGAUAUCGGCGCGGAUAGUAUACCAUUCGGCGGUGAUGGACAUAAUGAUUGCAGUGCAGGAUGCGUGCGUCUCCGGUCAGUGGCUCACCGCUAUAAUUCUUAGUCUUUGCUGCUUUUUACCAUCGUGCUUGCCCGCUGGACAAACUGUGGACUAUGCGUCCAGCGAAAGUGUGGUCAGCAGACAGGGAGACACCGCGCUGCUCAGAUGCUACCUAUUGGAUGGAAUCUCAAAAGGAGCAUGGUUGAACCGCUCCAGUAUCAUUUACGCAGGGAAUGACAAGUGGUCAGGGGAUCCUCGGGUGUCCAUCGUAUCAAAUGUGGGGGACAAACAUGAAUACAGUUUACAGAUACAGAAAGUGGAUGUAACAGAUGAGGGCUUGUACACUUGCUCGAUACAGAGCGAACGUAAUCCACGCCCAAAGCUUAUUCAGUUAAUUGUAAAAGUUCCUCCCAAAAUCUAUGACAUUUCAUCGGACAUUACGGUAAACGAAGGCAGCAAUGUUUCACUCAUCUGCACAGCCAGCGGAAAACCAGAGCCCAAAAUCUCUUGGAGACACAUCACCCCAUCAGCCAGGAAGUAUGAAAGUGGAGAGUAUUUAAAUAUCACAGGCAUCACUCGAGAUCAAGCAGGGGACUAUGAAUGCGGCGCAGAAAACGACGUUGCUUCGCCCGACACCAAGACCGUUAGAGUCACAGUCAACUAUCCUCCAGCAAUCCAUGAGAUGAAAAGUCACGGAGUUCGACCCGGUCAGAUGGCUCUGCUGAGAUGUGAGGCAGCAGCUGUCCCCUCUCCCAUCUUCGAGUGGUACAAGGGAGAGAAAAGGAUUAACAUGGGUCAAGGUAUAGACAUCAAGAAUCUCAGCUCCAGAUCAAUUCUCACAGUGAAAAACAUGACACAGGAUCGCUAUGGCAACUACACCUGUGUGGCUGUCAACAGGUUGGGAACAGCCAACGCCAGUGUGCCUCUGAUUCCACCCAACACCGCUCCGUAUGGAAGUACAGGAGGCGGCGAAGUCCUGCUGGCAUGCCGGUACCUGAUCCUGGCGCUCUCUUCUCUCGUCAGCGUUUACUAGCCCCGGAGAUGGCCAUACACAAUGACUGUAAAGAACCCUUUUGAGCAUUUACAGAAUCUUUCACCUUGCUGAUGGCUGGAUCCAAUCUGGUACAGUUUGUUUGGAAAGCAACAAGGGAUUUUAAUCAGCAUUACUUAUGUUGGGAUGGUAAUUUUGUUUUGUGGUGUUUGUAAAUACAUUUGGUUUUAGGGGGUUGUUUUUGUUUUGUUUUUUCUUUUCUUAUUUUCUUUUUUUUAAUUUCCCACUUUGUGAAUUAGAGCACAUUGUCCCCCUUUCAAUGCUCUCAAAUUAGCUGAAAUCAUGCUUUGGAAAAGUGAGGUUUGUGACAAGUGUUACUGAUAUUGAAAAAUGGAAAGGCGCCCUAGUGUGCCACCUUUUUUUCUCUGUGCUGGUGCAUCAUUUACAUACCCAUAAACCAGGGAAAGUAUUUAAAUCAUCAAAGGUUUUGGUGAGCUAAUUUAAAUCCCAUGAGCCAAAAAACACGUCUAAGAUUUAAAAAAUGUAAACAUACUAAAUCAAAUUUAUAUAGUUCAUGGCAAAGGGAAAAAUUAAAGAGUAGUUUUAGUAUAAUAUACCAAUGAAAAUAAUUAAUCAUUGUGUGGACCAAAAUUUAAGCCAUACCUCAAUGGUUUAGACCUGUGCUGUUUACCCUAUUGAAUUUACUGCAAUAUACAAAGUAAGUUCAUAACCCAUUCUAGUUAUUCUAGAAAAUACAAGUUUUAGUUAUGUUUGCCUCCCCUCAAAAGUUCUUUUACUGGGAAGAAAUCCUCGAUUGCAUUCAAGAUUCAAAUAUAAAUGAGUAAAUGUAUGUGAUACAUUUUUAAAAAUAAUUUUGAGUUUUGGCCUUUUUAAAGCUAAUCAUAAAUUAAAAAUGAGACCCAUGCAAUAGUCUAAAUCAGCAUGGUUGUAAAAGGUUAUUAAAAAACAAAGCUGUGUCACAGAGCUCUGUCACUUCUGUCCUUCUAUAUUCUUUAUAAAAAAAAGAAUAUAGAAAUAUUCAAUGAAUAUUGCAUUGAUGUUAUAUUAAUCAAGACAUCAAUGAACAAUAGCACAUAAAAUACAUUCUGCAGUUGGCAGCAUGCAAGUAGUAUAAUGGGCCAAUCCAAAGUGGAGGAAAAGCAACAGAGAAUGGGUCACAAUCAAUGUGCACUUUGAUUAAAUGAAGAAAUUACGGACAGUGUCUAAUGAAUCUUAUCUGACGAUCGUUAUUUUUUUUAUAGAUUAUGUUCUGUUAUAUGGUUGUAAUGAUUUAAACAGGAUUUUUUUAUAAUGUAUUAACAUAUUUCCUGCUUUGCUUUUAUCAGUGUGAAAUAGUUUCGAAUAGGGAAGCAGAAAAAAAUAAUAUGCACUUCCCUCGUGGGGACAAUAUGAAACUUUCAAGUGUGGAUCCAAACAUGUGAAUGAAUAUUCUUUCAAAAUAAGUAUGCAGUAUGGCAUAGUUUACAAUGUUGUCUUUCAUUUUAGAUGCUACAAGUGUUGUUGAUUCUUGUCAGACAAGUAGAAGUUGGAAAAAAGAAUCGUUUGUAAUCAAAUAAUCUACUUUUAACUCAGAGGGUGUGAACAAGUCAUAUGGUAUAAUAGAAAACGAGUCAUGUGUAUGUAUAGACCAUUUCAAGGACUGUUAGUUGGUGACGUCACUGUUCCGUGAACAUUUCCUGCUUGUCAAAGCAGAGACCAUUUAGCAGAGACAGGCCACUUCUAUUACAAUGAAGGGAAGAAAUUGGAACGCCCAAUGGCAGCCAACAGUCAAGGACAAAAAUACAGCCUCAUCACUGCUGUCUUUAAACACCGAAUGCGCCUCCCCUCGGGAGACCGGUCUCUACCUGCUUGUGUCUUCGCAGGUCCAGGAACUGAGCGGUGAGGGUCCAGUGUGAGUUAGAUGCGUCACCGAACCUGCACCCGCAAAUCGAGUGAAGCCGGCACCACACGCGCCUCGGACCAAUAAAAUUGUACUGCUUAUUUGAAAUAUGUUCUUUUAUCGUAAUCUUGACCAACCGUUUUGGAGAUUUUGAUCUUUCCCCAUUCAAGUAGAUUGGAGCACUGUCAUGACACUUGUUUACAUUGAAAAAUAACUGCCCAAGAGCGCUCCAAAAAUGGCCGCCGAGUGGACUGACUUACCUUGAAAAAGAGACUUGUUGAAAGGAUCCGGAAAUACGUUUGGACCGAUCUAAUUUGUAUUUUUUUUUUUUUUUUACAUUCUUGAAAUGGUCUAUAUUCAAAGAAAGUAGAAUUCAUUUUAUCUUCUUGGUAGAGCCAGUGUUUAGGUUUAGUUUAACCUCUACUCUAGUUCCCACGCACUUGUAUACUACGAUGUGCAGAAAUUAUAAAUGUGCUGCAUGUCAAAUAAUAUGUAUGUUAAGGUGGCCACUUACCAUAAAUCAAUAAUUUGAUAACAAAACCAGGCUGCUUUGACUUGAAAUGUGUUCCACACUACUGAACAUCACAAGAGUUGUGAGCUAUGAUGAAAUGUUCUUUUAAUGUGAAAGUCAUCACAGAAUCUUUUCUGCUCAGUAUGCAAUAUUGGGUAUACUCCUCCAUGCUCAAGCUUUUAUUUAUGCUAUAUCCAUGAUACGUUAACAUUCUUUUUGUAUAUUAUUUCUUGCACUUUUUACAUAACUGUCAAUACCAGGGAAAAAUACAUAAUGAAUGACAGGAAAAACAUCUUAAGUCAUCACAAACCAAUUUCCUUGUAUUGCACUGUAAAUCAUGUACACUUACAAAAGUUAUACUCUGAGAUUACAUACUUAAAAAAAAAAAACACUGUAUCAUAUAGAAUUUACGUAAACGUUUGUGUCCCUGUGCUUAUUGCAAACAUGAAAGCCUCAAACAUCAAACAAAGGGAGGUUAAAAUAUUCAUUUAUUUAUGAUCGUACCAUGGCCUGGCUCUCAUUGUACUGUAAAAAGUACCAUUGCGCUUGCUUAUCUUUACCACUAACCUCCAUAACCGUGAUUAACACCAAUAGCUUUGAAUGGAAAAAAUACGCUACAUUUCAUAUCAACGUGAAAUAUAAUUUAAGUCCACUUUAGAAGUAAGUACUGUAUAAAAUGUGCCUUUAAAAGUAUUUAAUUGAUCUGAUCUGUUGCCAUUCCAUGUUGAAUGCCAUGUCCAAGCAUCAUGCAUUUGCCAUUCAUAGUAUGCCAGAUAAAUAUCGGUGUUUGCUGUUUUAAGUUCUGUAAAGAUAUAAAAGUAGCACAUGCUCUUUUAAUAAAUAUUGUUAAUGAAAUAUCAAGAAAGAGCUCAUUAAACCAUCAUUAAAACUGCAUAAGUGGAUAUCAAGAUAAACGGUGAAAAAUAAGGCAGAAGGCAUUCAUGCAUGCACAAUUCUCUGAAAAGUGACAGCCUUUCAAAAGAGUCUGUAAAUAACAGGAAAAUGUGUGGUAAAUUUUCACUCUGAACAUCUAAUGACUUGAUAAUUACAUUCCUGGACAUGCAUUAAUAUUCAAUGACAAUUUUCAGAAUAGCUUACGUUAGCUGAGCACUCGUGUUGCACGUGGAACUGAAGUUCACACGGCUCUCACAUGGUGUCACCUCACCUGCUGGUGGUCAGGAUAACAUGAUGAGUUGAUGCUAUUUUGGAGAGAGUUCAAAUUACAUACAUAGUAUGUUCUGGCCUGAGGAGUCCCCUUGGGUUUCUUCUCAACACCUUGCCCAAAGUCCUGUGAACGUUGCUAUGAUUCAGCUCUGACAAAUAAGGUGUGAGUUAGCAUUUUAGGUGUUUUUUACAAAUUCUAAGAACACAUAUUGAAAAAAAAAAAGAGUACUUGUUGACCGAUAUGUGUUAUUAGUUCAUGCAAAAAUGAAAAUGUAUAACUUUCUUCUGCGGAACACAAAAUAAAAUAGUUUAAUAAAUGUCCUGUUGGCUGAAUUCAAUAUAAUGGCAGUACAUAGUGACACUGUAACACUUAAAGGAAUAAUACAGGUUCAGUACAAGUUAAGCUCAAUCGACAGCAUUUGUGGCAUAAUGUUGACUACCACAAAAACUUAUUUAGACUCGUCCCAUCUUUUCUUUUAAGUCCCCAUGAAACGGAAGUUAUGACCAACUUUAUUACUGUAUUGUGACAUAUUUCCAAGUGAAACGGCUUUUCGAACGAGAGAAAAAAAUGGAGGGCGGGGACUUUGUUUACGUUUGGACAAGGCUGGAGCCAUUGUGCAAAUACAGAUGAAUGUUAAAUCAAAUCAAAUAAAAUCAAAUCACUUUUAUUGUCACACAGCCAUAUACACAAGGGUGUGUGAAAUUCUUGGGUGCAGUUCCGAUCAACAACAAAAACAAGUGAGUAGAAGCUAAUUUGUCCUCGUUUUGAAUCACAAUACACUAAGCAUAAAGAAUAAAGAACACUUACACGAGCAGUAUAUCCAUGAAGCCUCCGUCUGCAGAAAAAUAGAAAUAAACUCCAGCGAGUUUCCUUUUGUCCAGCAUCGGCGACAUCGUGUCUUUUUAAAAGUCAUCAUUCCUGUGCUCUAUUCCAUAUGAAACAAUUGCCCUCAACUGCCCUCAAGCUUAUAUCUUCUGAAAACAAAUUUUGUCAGCUUUUGGAAGUACACUAGCAUAUUGAUGACCUUAAAGCAGCAAAACUUGAAUUUUGAUUUCACGGCAACUUUAAAAAAGGCAAAAAUUGAGGUUACAGUGAUGAACUUACAAUUCAUGAAUGGGGCCGCUUUUUUAAGAAAGGUAGAAAUAUGUUAAGCUUGUAAUAUUAUAAAAGUAUUUACAUUCAUUUUUGUUAAAACUUGCGUAUUAUUUAAGCAGUAAAGUUGUUUAAAUUGUCGUUUUUGCGGGAUUAUAGGGUUUACAGCAUUACGUCGUCAUGGCAACGAAAUUGUAAAAUUGGAUAUAUAUCUUAUAGGAUAUCACACAUAUAAGGUUAGGAAGCUAUUUUAUCACACUUACAUCAUGUUAACACACAUACUGUUCACGUCUUGUGGUUAUACUUUUAAAACAUGUAAGUUUAAGUAUUUUAACAUUUAUGGAUUGGCUCCAUUUACCUCUAUUGUAAGUGCCUCACUGUAACCCAGAUUAAAUAAUCGAACAUAAUUUUUUGUGGUAAUCAGCAUUAUGCCACAAAUGCUGUCGACUGAACUUCAUUUGUGUUGAACCCAGAAUAUUUCUUUAAUAAAGCAUCCAAAUGCAUCAUAAACAGUAAUCUGUACAUCAUAUACCAAGUCUUAUUAAGCCAUUCAAUCACUUUUUAUGAUGAACAGGCCGUAACUGAAGUAGUUUCUCACUAUAAAAUCAAAUCAUUAUAAAUAAAAUAAAAAGUUGUGUGGGUUUGAAACGACAUGAGGGUGAUUAAAUAAUGACAGAAUUUUAAUUUUGCCGUGAACUGUCCUUUUAAUGGCCGAUGGCGUUACAUUUAUCUUGAAAACAGAGGGGCCAAUAGCCAAUAUACUGCUAUUGUACAUAAAAUAAGUAUCAAAAUCAGUUUUAAUAAAAUAAGUGCAUUAACCAUCAACAAGGUUGUCAGUAGACUUUGGGGCCAACAUGGAAUGACUACUAUUAAUCGGCCGAUAAGCUCAAAAUGGUCAAAUAUUGACCAAUUAAUCGGCUUGUCCGAUAAACCGGUCUAUCACUAAAGAAUAAAGAGUCAAUGGUUGCUGGUUACAGAUGUAUACAGUCAGCUUCUCUAGGAAAAGUCCCCAAAAAACAUCAUUUUAGAUAAUUCAUCUUCUAUCACAAGUAGAGCUGCUGGCAAGACAGAAUGAGGGUGGUAGACAGCACUGCAAUGAUUAAAAACCUGUCAGCUCCAUCUCUGCCUUGUCCAGACUCUUGUGAAAGUCAGUUUGAGAGUGCUGUGUGUGCGGUCAGGGGAGCUGAUUCUUCUGACCUGGCAGUUAAUAAAAUUCUUCCUGUGCCUUUGUCAGUUUCUGAGGAUGAUUUUGUGGAGUGCAGGAGGGUGCUGCAUUAACCAGCGGCAAGCGCUCACUCUCCCAGCAGCAUUCUGGCAGGCCUGACAGUAAUCUACAUAAACCUCUGUCCUUCUCCAAACGCUUGCCAGUAAUUGCAGUUUUGCAGUAUUCUAAUUGACUCCAUAGAACACUGUAAAGAACAAAAACCUUUAAUCCUUCCCGAAGCACAUUUGCUUUAAGGCUAUUGUGUUAAACCUUCGAAAGAUACGUAACCGAUGACAAAUUAACCAGUUGCCGUGAAUGUACUUAGCCUGUAGAAACAUUCAUUGGCAAAAUAUUUGUCUGGAUAAUAAAAUAGCUGCCAAAAAGACAAUGAGUGAAUUCUAAAGCUUUUCUCCUUCAAGUGUUUGUCAACCCCCUCGCUCAUUAUUUUCACUGAGCUGGAAAAUAAGUUAGCCAAGCACUGAUGCAGUGGUUUUGAUAAUGCUAUGGUUUUAACAGAGAUUUCUUUUGCUGAACUCAGUGUGAAGCUGCUGAUUGUCUCUCAUCAGGAGACACAUUUGUGUGAAAUGCAAGGAUUUAGGAAGAUAGUCUAAGGUUUUGAGAAAACAGUGGGAUCACUUUCAACAACACCAUUCACUGUUAUUCACCGUUAUGUAUCAUUAGAUAUAUGUUGGCCUGGUAAUGUGUUGUUAGCUGUUUUGAUUGGCAUGGGCUUUUUAUGUUGGCAUCUUUCAUAUCUUAAGCAGUUAUUUUGUAAAGUGAAAUAAGUCAAUCAGUGACAGCACUCGUCUGCUAUCAAGUAAUUAAGCACAGAGGACACCUGCCAGAAAGAUUCAGAUCUCUAAUGGUUUCUAAAAACAUUUGGUGAGAAGCAGGCCCGCUUUGGUUACUUUUGUAUAUAUAUGUUUAUUUGAUUUUGGUACCUUUUUUGGUUCAGUUUGGUGACAAAGUAGAAUGGACAUUGUAACCAUAUUGGGAUGGCUGUAUUUUUAUUUCUCAUUUUCUUUUAUUUCUCAUGAAGCUGAAAUUUCUGUGAUGAGAAAUUUGGUCAUCUUUACUUACAUGUGAAUGGAGAUACUUUAGCCACCAGGAAUAUAGUUGUAUAUUUUAGGCUCUAGAUCACUGGAAUGACAUAUAUGGCUUUAAGUGGCAUUGAUAUAUAUUGAUAUUUGUCAAGAAAAAAAAAAGAAUCACAUACUUUAAUUACUUUAAAGCUUACAUUGUGUAUAGCACGAAUGCAAGUUCAUUUUCAUCAUGUUUGAUGUAAUUUUGUAGCAGUGGUUUGAUACUAAUAAAGUUGGAAGUUGAUGAUGGAACUGUGAAA